UUUUAUAUUCGUACAUCUGCCUCUAAAUACGAAACAAAUAUUACCCCAACGGAUAACUUCCCUCUGCUAUGACCAGCAAGCUGACCAAGGAUCAGGACUGCAAUCCUGUUAAAGGGGUGGUUGAUUAUGAUUUCACUUUUAUUACUUUAGAUAGUGUGUAAUGUUGCUGUUAGAGCAUAAACUACAUCUGCAAAAUUAGGAUGCUCAAAGUUUAAAGCAAAGGGAGGUAUUUUCUUUUAAUAAUUCUUUGUUUAAGGACUACAGCAAAUGGCAGGUAGGGACUACAAUGAGCUUCUUCCCGGUUAGUGACAUUACUAACCCUAAAAUUUACAUAAACCCUGCCCCUGAAAUCACGCAACAAAGGGGUGAGGCCAUGUUAUUGCAAUAAAGUAACACAAAUACAAUAGCAUGUCAUAAAAGCAAGAUGACAACAUAAUUUAUAACCGUAAUUAUAAACUAAACUAUAUCUGUUUAUAACUAAACAGUUCCCACUCGAGCGAUUUAUAGAUCAUCAUGACAGAAUAUGCUAAUCAGUGACUUUAAGAUAGGCUAACUCCACAUCAGCUACAUAGAUUAAUCAUCUAACCAUUCAGAAACAUCCUGCUGCAUCACAUUGUCACUUCUUGAGUCUCUUCAUCAUUGUCCGACUAUGGUUAUGGUUUGACUAUGUUUCUGGCAUUUUCAGUGAGGUAAUUGGUGUCUGGCAUUUUUUACUUGAGGUAAUCAGUGAGUACACGUCUCUGCAGGACAUUAAUGAUUGAUGGGCGAGGCCAUUAACAGAGGGGCAUUUUUGAGAGCGUUACCUGAUUUGUCCUCGUCAGAGUGUGGGUAGGGUUUAGGGGUGGGGUCAGGUGAAGGGGAUCGUUUUCAUUGCAUGAUAUAUAAACACCCACCAGUUUGAAAACACCCACAAAUACAGAAACGCCCACUUUUGUUCUGCAGAGACCUCAUACUGGCUAACAGGAGCUCUUGAAACUCCGCCCUCUUCUUGAGAGCAGCAGCUCAUUUGCAUUUAAAGGGACACACACAAAAACGAAGCGUUUCUGCUCACCCUCAAAAAGUGACAAAUUUAACAUGCUAUGAAAAAAUUAUAUAUGGGGUAUUUUAAAAGUGGCAUUAUAUGACCCCUUUAAGCAAAACAAAGGCACUGUAGAUUUGCUGUGAAACACUCUGAAUGUCACCCUGGAAAUUAUAUCAGACAAGCAGGUGGGUUUUUGUUUUUUGUACAGAGAGGAACAAUGGCAAUAGAAGGAAAGGAAAACUAGCUUUAAAAAAGCUUUACUUGGACAAUAACAAUGGUACUUGUAAUGCUAGACUCUCAAUAAGUCGGUCAUUAUUUUAAUAUCCUUACAGGAACAGCAUUUACUGAUACUGAUUGUGGUAAAUGUACUGAAGGCACUUACUCUAAUGCGUCUUUCACAACCUGUCAAUCACAUUCAACGUGAGUGAUUAAUGGAGAUUCACAAGUGUUACAAAUUUAUUCCAGGAUGACCAGAUAUUCUAACAUUGCUCACAUUUACAGAUGUGAGACUAAAGGCCUUAAAGAAAUAAAACCAGGAACAAUGUCAUCUAAUGUGGAAUGUGGAAAGUCAGUUCCAGUUAGUAUCAUCAUUGGAGUCGUUGUAAUCAUUGGUGUUUUGGUUACUGCUGUUGUUGGGCUCAAAAUAUAUUGCAAAUUAAAACAGAAACCCUCUGGCAAAAGUAAGAUUAUUAAAUAUUAUUUAAUUAUAAGUAUACACUGCUGCGGGGAAAAAAAGAAAAGGAUCAAGCUAAAAAUGGCAAAAUAUUUAGUGGUCUCUCUCUGGUCAUGAAAUUAGCAAGAAUUGCAUACUGUAGAUAAAGCAACUUAGGAUGGAAUGGCCUUCCUCAACUUGUGGACAGCGUUUUACAGGAAGAAGAGUUAGUGUUGUUCCACUCAAUGUUGAUGGUUUCAAACAGUUCAUGAGUAGUUGAAAAUCGUGAGACCAAAUAUUCACUAUAGGGUUCAAAUCUGGACUCCGAUCAGGCCAAAACAUGAGCCUGAUGGACUUGUUCACAAGCCAUUUAUUGGUUGUCAUUGCAAAUGGGGCAGAAACAUUGUCUUGUUGAAAAAUAACAUCUGAUCAUUCAUCUUUAAAUAACACCUUUUCAUUUGAGGGAAGCAAGCCAUUCUGCAAUAUUCUCCUGUACUCCGAAGAAUUAAAUGACUCUUCACAGUGCAGCAGCUCACCAAUACCAGCAGCUAAAAAGGCUCCCCACACAAUGAAACCAAUUCCUCCAUGCUUGACUGUGGUCGAGAUGCAUUUAUUAUUAUAUUUUUUAAAAGACACCACUCUAAAGCAUCACCAUGCAACUUGUGUUUCAUUGUGAUUCAUCACUCUACGCACAACUAUAUAUAUAUAUAUAUAUAUAAAGAUAAAAGCAUUACCUUUUGCAUUUGUUUAGUGUUCAAUGCAUUUCAGUAUGCCAAAACAGUUACAGCACAGAUUUAAUGCAUGCACACUGUAAUGCAUGCUUUGCGAACUUUAAACCCAAAUGACUCUUUAAAAUAUGAGUGUUAUAUGAGUAUAAUAUUCUGAUGCUAAGUUUCAAAUGUGGAUAUUGAGUAUUUUAAUAAAAUUAUCUUCACUUUACUUUUAACAGACAUCACCAGACUCUAUGACUUUUUUAUAACCAGAAAUAGUAGGUAAGAGCCACUGAAGGAUCAUUAGGAGCUGCAUAUUACAGUACUCAAAUGAAAUUCAUUGUGUUGUUCUUCAUUUUCAGUGAUAUUAAUGACUCUGAAACUUCUACAGCUUUGCUCUAAAGAGUAGAAAAAUCUCCAAAUAAGUUAUCUAGUUUCGGUCUGCCAGCGAGAGCAUUAGCCUAAAUGUCGGGUGCGUCUCAAUCAGCUCCCUAGUUCAGUAUUCAGGGCACUGAUCAGGGAAUCAGCCACAUUAAUUUACAUGAUAUACUGAUUCACGACCUAGGGAGCUAUGGAGCUGAUUGAGACGCAGGGGUCGUCAUAAGGAAAAGACAAAAUGGUGGAAGGAGUGAAUAUGAAAGUGACGAUUCUCUUUUACAUAUCUGGUUUUUGUUCUUUUCUCGCACUUGGAAAUACUUGUGGUCCAAGUGAAUAUAAAACUGCUGAUGGAGAAUGUUGCCCACUGUGUAGUAUAGGGACAAUGGUACUCUAUGACUGCAGUGCCGAUUUGAGUACCGUCUGCAAACCCUGCAUUCCAGGAACAUUCAUGAGUGAACUCAGUAGCCUUCAUAAAUGCUUCCCAUGCAAACACUGUAAUGAAAGUCAAGGUCUUUACAUUCUGAAUAACUGCACUACUACAAGAGACACCAUCUGUGAUGUACUUGAUGGAUAUCACUGCACUGAGUACUCAAACUUACAGUGCCUUCGUGCUGUAAAACACAGUGUUUGUGCACCAGGACAAGAAACAAAAACACUAGGGACAAAGACAUCAGAUACAGUAUGUGGGAACUGCACUUUUGGGUUUUCUUCUUCUGGGCUGAAUUGCAAGAAAACAGAGGCAUGUGCUCCUGCUGAGUAUGAGAUAAACGGAGAAUGCUGCCCCAUGUGUGCACCAGGAAACCAUGUUCGUUGGCAUUGUACUGAAGAUACAAGUACAACUUGUGUUCCAUGUUCUGCAUUAACUUACAUUGAUGAACCCAGUGGGUUAGAUAAAUGCUUUCCCUGCUCUGUUUGUGAUGACCAACAAGGACUAAGAGUAAAGAGAAACUGCACACACUCUACAGAUACUGUUUGUGAGCCACUGGAAGGAUUCUACUGCAUUGAGCAAAAUAUAGGCAGCUGUAGAUUCGCUGUCAAACACUCUGAAUGUGAUCCUGGACAAUAUAUCAGACAAGCAGGAACAGCAUUUACUGAUACCGAUUGUGGUAACUGUGCAGAAGGCACUUACUCUAAUGGCACUUUCACUACCUGUCAACCACAUUCAAAAUGUGAGACUGAGGGACUUCAAGAAAUAAAACCAGGAUCAAUGUCAUCUGAUACUGAAUGUGGGCAUUCAACAAGUGUUAAAGACCCCCUGUGGUGAAAAUCAAGUUUUUAAUGUUGUUUCUAUGUCUAUGUAGUGUUUUUAAUAUGCUUUAAGACAAACCAUAUGCAAAUUCAUAAGUCAACACCAUUGCUGAUUAAACCAAAGACAGUCUAAAACCCACGGUGCGAAAUCGGUGGUGUUUGUGACGUCACAGACUACCUUGUAACCAAUCACAACAACGUGCCGGCAGGCUUUAGCAUAUCAUUAACUAUGACUGCUCUGAAGCAGGAAAGUCUCGAGAGAAGCCAGGUUAUCCCAGUA